CAAUGUGCGCGGUUAUUGAUGGAUUUUAAUUUUCUUUUUUUUUCUUCUCUUAUAAACUUUAUCGAUGCAAAAGUUGGUAAUUUCAUAUAUGUACGCAGUACAACUUCAUCUUUGAUACUUACGCUAUUUAACGGAGGAUAAAAAAUAUUCAACAUCCUUUAAUUAUUGUGAUAGAAUCUAUUAAACAUUUUUUUCCGACGUAAACUAUAUUCAAAAGUUGAUGUAUUAUUAAAAAGAAGAAAAAAUUGAAGAAAAAAAAAUGUUUUUCUCUUAUAUUAUGCUCAUCUUAACAAUUUGGUGCAACUCAUUUAAUAUAAUUGUAUUUUAAUGAACGUAAUCUUAUUAUCCAUGCUUAUAUAUAUAUGUGUGUGUGUAUGGAUUAUUACUUCACGAGAAAAUAUAUACUUUAUAUCGUAUUCUCCGAGAAAUUCCGGAGAAUUCGCAAAAUUUCAACACAGAAUGAUUCCAUCUCAAGAAGGAGAUUGCCACUUUGCGGAUGAAUCAGGUAAGAUCCAAGGUUUAUCACCUGAAUUUCGAUGCGAUGCAUUAUACGAGAGUGUAAUCAAGGAACUAAAUUGUGCAAAGCGCGCCAAAUCAAAACAAUGGCCACUCAUACAAGGUGUCGGUUUAGAAAGUCUCUCUGGGAGAAGGAGAGAGAGAGAGAGAGAGAGACGCACAUCAUUAAUGCAAUAAUUUCAAAAUGGAACGCAGAUAACAACAGGGUUUUUCCAGCAGAAAAUAUUUUCAAUUUCAGAAAAUAAAAAAAAUAAAAAUCUUUGUCGAAAAGAAAAAGUGUUCCUAUUCACUUGUCCUAUUUCCUAAUUUAAAUCAAAAUGAUCCUAUUUCUUAUUUUUUCUGUUUU